AUGCCUUCCAGCCAACGACCUACUGUCGCCGCUCUGGAAGCGCCACUCAAGGAGCAAGAAGAGGACGCUUCCCAGACCGUCUCAUCUCUCGCGAAAUCCGCAAUUCCCACAUCCUCACCAUCCUCGCUACAUCAUCCUCCAUUUCCAGAGCCUUCGUCAGCCGCCUCCGCAACAACAAGGUCGUCUUCCACUUCGUCGCCUAGUCCCGAAGCUUCCAACUUUCCCCGCGCACUGCCAGCAUCUCCAACCAACCGCCAACGCCCGCCGCUGCCCCCGCUCGGCAAGACCCACGGCAAACCCGGCAUCGAGCGCGAGCGGACCAAAGUCCCCGCCUUCGAAUACCGCUUCAGCAACCACCACGAGCCUGACGGCAUCUUGCCCAUCUUCACGGAGACGGUUCCGCAUCUCCCUUAA